GAGUGUUGUCUGACAGGUAACUUCCUGCCUCUGCCAAUCACAGCGCUGACAUGUGAGGUUUAUCUUAGCCAAUGGCAGCAGAGAUGACAGGUGACCCUAAGUAAUUACAAUCAUGCCGUGAUGUAAUGACGCAGAACCUGAGAACAGUCACCUGUCAGACUGCGUUCAGGGCAGAACCGCUUCCUACGUAAGCACGACGUCACUGAAGACAGCGCGGGAAACUGCAGCUGCGGGAGGCAGAACCUGUAGAACAACAGAACCCGUGGAACCUCAGCAGCUCGGUGGGUUUCAGGAUGAUCAUUUAUUUCUGCGGCAGCAUCCGCGGAGGGAGAGAUGACGUCGAUGUUUACCGGAGGAUCGUCAUCAAACUGAAGCAACACGGAACCGUUCUGACGGAGCACGUGAGCAGCACCGAACUCACCGAGAGAGGAGAGGACGCAUCAGCGGCAGGAGAUCGAUUCAUCCAUGACCGAGACGUUGACUGGCUGCGACAGUCUGACGUGAUUGUUGCCGAGGUAACGCAGCCAUCUCUGGGCGUCGGCUACGAGCUCGGACGGGGCGUUGACAUGAAGAAGAAAAUCUUCUGUUUGUUCAGACCGUCGUCAGGACGCUCUCUGUCAGCGAUGAUCCGAGGAGCUGCUGACGGAGAGCAGUUCAUGGUGAAAGAUUACAGCGAGGACGAGGUGGAGAAUAUUCUGGAUGAGUUCUUCAGAACUCUGAAGAGAACCUGAAGAACAGAACAUGGAACAGAUGAAGUUUGAUGCUUCAUGAAUAAAGUUUGAGUCAAAUCUGUGUCUCAAAAGCUUUUAUUCUGCAAAGCCUGUAAAACAGCUGAUGAUCCUCAGUGGGCUCCAUGCUCCACCCAAACAGUCUGAUGUCUGAAUUCAGGUGAUUCCAUUUGAUGUUUACUUUGAAUGUUGUUUCACCAUCUCUGAUGAAGACCAUGAGAACAGCUCUCAGAACAAAUUAAAAACCUUUUUAAUAACUUCUGAAUGUAUAGAUGAAUGUCCUCGAUAUAAAUUCUGGAGAGAAAUAAUGCAGAAAUAUUUUACAUGAUGUACAAAUAAAAACCUAAUUUACAGACAA